UGUGUGGAAAAGUUGAGAGAACAAUGUCAGGCCAUCGAAUAUUAAUUCAUAAAUAAUAAUGAGAAUAAUAAUAAUAAAACAAAGCAAAAGAAACAGUGAAUUGGAAGCAGAAAAACCCAAAACCCUUGCUUCUCCUCACUGCAACAAACCGAAGCUGCCGAACCAUAUUUUCAAGUUGGAAGCCAAAAAAACCAGACGAUGAAGUGGAAGCUGUGGAAAACAACUGCGUUUCUUUAUCAUCUUCAACAAAUCGGUAGCCUUCAUUCAGUUCUUCAUGUACAAAAGCGUCCCUUCUAUUUUCACUUCUUGUCUUCUUCUUCUUCUUCUUCUCCUUUUAGUAGCAUUGCUAGCACCAAAACGUUUAAGAAACCUGCCAAGGGAAAUGGAAAAAAGUACGAGUUUCAUAAUAUUGUUGAUGCCCUCACUUUGUUUAAUCUGUUGGCUCAUGCUUCUCCCAGGCCUUGUAUUGUGGAAUUCAAUAAAUUGUUGGGGGCAAUUGUGGGAAUGAAACAUUAUGCCAUUGUUGUUUCUCUUUGCAAACAAAUGGAGUUGUUAGGAAUAAUCCAUGAUGCUUAUACUCUCAACAUUUUAAUUAAUUGCUUUUGUCAUUUGCGUCGCGUGGAUUUUGGGUUUUCAGUUUUGGGAAAAAUGUUGAAGCUUGGUUAUAAGCCGCAUUUAGUUACUUUCUCUACAUUGGUUAAAGGGUUUUGCAUGGAACAUAAAGUUGCUCAAGCAGCUAGAUUGUUUAAUGAGAUGGUUCUAACAGGGUAUCAACCUGAUUUGUAUAUUUAUACGAUUAUAGUUAAUGGAUUUUGUAAAAUAGGCGAUACUAGUGGUGCUGUUAGAAUGUUGAGGAAAAUGGAAGAAAGAGGUUUCCAGCCUGACAUUGUAGCUUUUAGUGCUGUCAUUGAUAGCCUUUGUAAGAAUAAGUUAAUAACCGAGGCUUUGGACCUUGCUUCUGAAAUGAAAGGUAAAGGCAUUCAAGCAGAUGUUGUCACAUACAGUUCAUUAAUUCGAGCAAUGUGUAGUUCAGGCCGGUGGGAUGAUGCAAUGAGAUUAUUCAAUGAAAUGGAUUGUAAGAAUUUGAAACCAAAUGUUGUCACUUACAAUAUAUUGGUCGACGCACUUUGUAAAGAAGGGAAGGUUUCUGAGGCUCUUGGUAUAUUUGAAAUAAUGACUCGUAGUGGUAUUCAGCCUAAUGUUGUUACGUAUAGUGAAUUGAUAAAUGGUUAUCGUUUGCGGAAUGAAAUGGAUGAGGCGAGAAAGGUUUUUGAUUCGAUGCUUACUUGUGGUUGUGAGCCUAAUGUAUUUAGUUACAACAUUAUGAUCAAUGGAUAUUGCAAAACCAACAGGAUAGAUGAAGCACUAAAACUCUUUCAUGAAAUGACUCAAAAAGGACCAACUCCUGACAUUGCUACAUAUACCACUCUUAUGAGUGGCAUGUUCCAAGUAGGGAGGCUUUUGGAUGCACAAGAACUCUUUGAGGAUAUGUGUUCCUGUGGUCAAGUUCCAAAUUCAAUGACUUACUCAGUUUUGUUAGAUGGCGUAUGCAAACAUGGUCGAAUUGAUGAGGCACUGAGAUUAUUUCAAGCAAUGCAAAACAGUGGAACGGAACCCUAUAUAGUCCAUUAUAAUAUCCUAAUUGAUGGCAUGAUUGAAGCUGGUCGACAUAAAGUUGCAUGGGAACUAUUUUCUAACAUCUUUGUCACUGGGUUAAAGCCUACCCUUCCGACAUAUAACAUAAUGAUCAAGGGACUUUGCAACAAAGGAUUCCCUGAAAAAGCAUAUGACCUUUUUAGGAAGAUGGAAGUAGAUGAUUGUUUGCCAAAUAGCAUCUCUUACAAUAUUACAAUUCGGGGAUUUCUUCAAAGCAAUGAUAUGUUGAGAGCUAUGCAAAUUCUUCACGAAAUGGCUAGUAAAGGAUUUUCUACUGAUGCAUCCACAGCAAACAUGUUGGUGGACCUGUUGUCAGUAAAUGGAGAAGAUCAAUCUACUUAUGAAAUAAGUCAGGCUUUGUGAAGAUCAUCAAACAAAACAUGGAAAGUGGCUUCAUUUGAAAGACUGCUACAGUAGAAAUGCUAACAUUCUUACAGAUGUAAGGUGUGCAAGAGUCUCUUGUGGAAGAGACAAAAGUUAUCUGUUGAGACAGCAGAGAAUUUGCACUUAUCUGAAGAUAACAGGGCCUCCUUUAAAAUUAUUAUUGGAGAUCAUGGAAGGAAGUGAUCUUCUUAAACAAAGUGCAUUACUGAGGUGACUUCUGAAUUCUAUUUGAAGUUCUGAAGAAGUCAAGGUGCAUUAAAAAGUGGUUUUUGUUUUGUGUCAUGCCCAAGGUCUUGAGUAUUAUACUGGAGUAACAAUUUGAAGUCGCUUUCAAAGGAGCUCUGCAGGUUGGUGCAAUUGCUGCUGGUAGGAAAUUUUUGCCAUUUCUGGCUGUUCGUAUGAUUCUUGGAAUUUUUUUUGGGUACAUAAAGUAAUUACACUAGAUGAAGGGCUUAAACCUUCAACUUGUAGUUAAGAGCCACACACACUAGCCAACUGAGCUACUCCAGCUUUGUAUUCUUGGAAUUGAAUAAGUAUUACCUAUGUUGGAAGAGAAAAUGCGAAGCAGGUGGAAGGAAAAGGUUUAUUUGUUGAAACAGGAGAUAAAUUGGCAUUUUAUUAGAGAUCAUGGAAGGAGUAUUUUGGUGACUUGUUAACUCUAUUUGAAGCUCUGGAGAAGUCCAGGUGUAUAGACAAAGUGGUUUCCACUUGAAGCUCAACAGAGGUCUUAUGCUGAAGUCAUAUUUGACUCUGCUUUCAAAGGAGUAUAGGUUUGAUUAAUUAAUGUUGCUGGACUUUGUGAGUCUUCAAAUUGAGCAAGUGUUGACUAUAUAUUGGCAGAGAAAGGACAAGCCAGGUGAUUCUAAUUCCUAAAUUUUCUGUUGAAUGACCAUAUCUUCUUCAAACAAGGUGCACUCUGUGUCGGAAUAUCAGGGGAAUGGGAAGCUCUAUAAAAACUAGAAUGGUGAGGAAUCACUUUACGGGCCCAUCCAGAAAAUUUUUGCAAUCACUUGGUUGUGUCACCAAUUUACACACUUUACAAGAAGGAAACCUCUAAGCAUGGAGUUGACAAGGAUUUGAUGUUUCAGCAUGGUUGUAGCUCUUAAGUUUUUGGUGGCUCUCAAGUUAUUAAUUAAGCAUCUCUUUUAACUACAAGCUUUUCAGUUUUGUUAUAAACCUUGUUUAGCCUAUGUGAUUCACGUCUACUAGCAAGAGCGUACUGUCUACACUUGUCUAUGCUAGUGGCUUUUAUAAGCACUAUGUAGUGCUUGUAAAUAUUACUGCUUUAUGCAGUUUAUUAAUGCAACUUAUAUUUUGGCUG